CUACAAACAAAAACAACGGAUUUACAGAGCAAGCCGCCAAGAUGAGGAAAAUCAUGAAGCAGGGCAAGAUCGUAAUCGUCCUUAGCGGACGUUACGCCGGUCGCAAGGCCAUCAUCGUCAAGACCUCCGACGAUGGCACCCCUGAGAAGCCCUUCGGCCACGCUCUCGUCGCCGGCAUCGACCGCUACCCGCGCAAGGUGACCAAGAAGAUGGGCAAGAACAAGCUGAAGAAGAAGUCCAAGGUCAAGCCCUUCCUGAAGAGCCUGAACUACAACCAUCUGAUGCCCACCCGCUACACCGCGCACGACAUCAGCUUCGAGAAGCUGUCGCCCAAGGACCUGAAGGAUCCCGUCAAGCGCAAGACGCACCGCUUCCAGACCCGCGUCAAGUUCGAGUCCGUCUACAAGGAGGGCAAGAACAAGUGGUUCUUCCAGAAGCUGCGUUUCUAAGCUAUCCAUUUGCUACCCGUGGUUACUGGAUUAUCGCUCUUUUUAAGGUUUAAUAAACAAAGAAGUAAUUCUGAUAAAACUGACCGAAGUGAAAAA